ACAUGUGCGCUUGUUUACCUAAACGCGAACAACGUGGUUGUUGCGGCCGUCUCCAGCGCUUAUUUCUUUUCAACAGCUAAUGAUGUUUGCCCAUGUACGGUACGUUGAGGACAAUAUUAAGGCUAUUGUUCCAGCGACUUUAAUUAGACACUUCAACCCAAAGACUGUUGUCGACUACGACAAAGGGCGUCAUUACGAAGCCUACUGGAGGACUGCGACGGGGGAUCAAGAAGGCUAUUACGCAGCCUUUAUCCUUCAGUUGGCAGAAAAUCAGCAGGAACUGAUAAAGAGCAUCUUAAAGUCAAGGGCAACUGCUCUGCCUGUUAUCUUCGAGGGCCCCAUCAAUGACAGUCAGGCAACUAGUACAAGAUCAAGACGAGAGCAGAUGUCUGCCCAGAGGGCUUCACGCAAAAAGGAGAUGACCGACAUUCUGAGCAGGAAAAAAAGGGCGGCACCGAGUGUCGACAGCAGUGAGGAUGAUGACGAAGGGGUUGUCCCUGAGAAGCUGCUAAGAGUUGAAAGGGAGGCUAACGGUGAUCUGGAGAGAGAAUUGAAACGUGUGAAGACGGAGCUAGCAGCUACAAAGAAGGAGCUGGAGGAGGAGCGGCAGUUAAGAAAAGCUUUGUCCUGGACCCUCCUCUCUAAGUUUGAUGUUCAUCCAGGAGCUAAUGUCCAAGUCAGGGGACCACAAGCUCAAGCAGAGGCAGCUCCUGCACCACUAAGCGUUUCAAGUGCAAGGACCAGCGUGCUGGGCCGACCCAGUGACCAGGUUCCCAGGAAUCGACCACCAAUCAGCGAUGUCUCCGCUCGAGCCUUGGUGCCGUGCAUGGAGGGAGAGGAGCCCUUUCCUGAGCACCUGCAUGAGCACCUGCCUGAGCCCCUGCCUGAGCCCCUGGCUGAGCACCUUCCUGAGCUCCUUCCUGAGCGUCUUCCUGAGCCCUGUCCGGAGCCCCGCCCGGAGCCCCAUCUGGAGCCCCCUCCUGAGCCCCGUCCUGAGGACCUCGGCGAGGAUUUUGCAAACAGGUCAUCAACUCCACUAUUCCAGGAACACGAAGGACAGGUUCAUGUGGGGUGCAACAUUCUUAUACCCUGUAGAAAGUUGAAGUUUGUAUUCAAAGCUAUGUGCGAUUCGAAGUGUGCCAAGGAUGCAUCCAGGACGAUAUGGACGACGCCUCAACUACUUGAACGAAGCGUGAGCGGCAGGCCCUGCAACAGGUUAAAAAAACUGGGUGCUCAAGGGAAGAUUCCCAUGAUGCCGGAAAAGAAGAUUGCUGUUCGCAACAUGUUGGAGAAGUACAUACGCGACCAUCCAACAGAACAAGAGACCAAAAUAAUGCUGGACAAAGAAUUGAAGCCAGAAGAGAAAGCAGUCGCUACUGCUAAAAUUCGGGCCGACCGGCUGAAGAAUACAAACAAGUAUAUCUCUGAGCUGGUCAAUGACCUAACGAGGAAACACAGAAUCAAGCGAGCCCUUCUUGCAGAACAGAGUGAGGUAGGAGCCUAA